AAGUCAAGCCAGUUGUGGCAUCUCCAGUUGAGUGAAAACGGAGUCGUAUGAGCAAGGCAUAGAUGCCGUCGGUGGGAAUGAGACGAACCACUAGGGUUUUCGGGGUGGUUAAAGCCGCAGACGGAGCCCGUGUCCUCCGUUCGGGUCGUCGGAUCUGGCCUAACGUAGGCGAACCGAAGGUACGGCGAGCUCAUGACGUGGUGGAUCGAGAUUGUGAUAGCGUUUUGAAGAAUCAGAACAAAACCAAAGGGAAUAAAGUCUCCGCUAAAAGUAACAGCCAGCCUUGUACCCCGAGACAAGUUUCUAGUGAGAAAGAAGACAAAGUAGAUGACUUUCCGGUCAGAAAACGGAGGAAAGUGAGAAAUGAAGGUGUAGGAGAUGAAAAGACUGUGGAUAAGAUGUUUGGGAUUGUAUAUAGUAGGAAAAGGAAGAGACUUUCUGAACCAUCAAGUGAUAGAUCAGAAGAGCCACUACGAAGCCUCAAGUUUUAUCGCAGGCGAAGAAGACUCUCACAUCGGGUUUCUUCAGUGCUUACUCUUACAGUUGAUUGGUCAUGUGAGGAUUGCUGGUUAUUAAGUGUUUUCGGUUUGGCAAUGAGAUAUACUAGGAGGGAAGAACUGAGGCUGUCUUCUCUUGCUUCUUUCUUCUUGUCUCAACCUAUCAACCAAGUGUUUGCAGACCAUGGCGUGCGAUUCCUUGUGAAGCCUCCCCUUAGCUCAAGGGGUGUCUGCAAGUUUUUUGGGGCCAUGAAUUGUCUACCUCUCUUUUCAGCAGAUUUUGCUGUCAUUCCUCAAUGGUUCAUGGAUAUGCAUUUCACUCUAUUUCGAAGAGUGGCACCACGCUCUUUCUUUUUUGUAGAGAAAUCUCUGUAUUUGCUAAACAAUCCAAUUGAAGAAUCUGAUUCGGAGUCUGAAUUAGCUUUACCUGAACCUUGUACUCCGAGGAAUGGAGGUGUAGUUGGGUUACAUCCAUCAGUGAGAGCCUCGAAGUUAACGGGAGGAAAUGCUCAAUAUAGAGGCAAUUUAGGUUCUCACAGUUUUCAAAAGAGGAGAAGCUCUUUGAGAAGGAGAAGAGCAAGAAAUCUUUCUCACAAUGCACACAAGUUGAACAAUGGAACACCGGUUUUUGAUAUAUCAGGAAGUAGGAAAAACAGGACAGCAGCAGUAUCGUCGAGAAAGCUUAGAAGCUCGGUGCCAAGUAACUCAUCUCCGGUUUCAAAUGGGAUUAGUAUCAUUCCAUUGACGAAGACAAAAGAGGAACUUGAUUCUUUAUGUUGUUCUGCGAAUAUAUUGAUGAUACAUUCAGACAGAUGCACCAGAGAAGAAGGACUUACUGUCAUGUUGGAGGCGUCGUCUUCAAAGGAGUGGUUCCUUGUUAUUAAGAAAGAUGGGGCAAUCAGAUACAGCCACAGGGCACAAAGGACUAUGAGACCUUGUUCUUGCAACCGGAUUACACAUGCCACAGUAUGGAUGGGAGGUGAUAAUUGGAAGCUUGAGUUUUGUGACAGACAAGAUUGGCUUGGUUUUAAAGAUAUAUAUAAAGAAUGCUAUGAACGGAAUGUAUUGGAACAGAGUGUGAAAGUCAUUCCUAUUCCUGGGGUCAGAGAAGUGUGUGGAUAUGCAGAGUAUAUCGAUAAUUUCCCCUCCUUUUCUAGGCCAGUUUCAUAUAUAUCUGUAAACGAAGAUGAGGUUUCAAGGGCCAUGGCUCGAGGUAUAGCUCUUUAUGACAUGGAUUCUGAAGAUGAAGAGUGGCUCGAAAGGCAGAACCGGAAAAUGCGCAAUGAAGAGGAUGACCAAUUUCUACAACUUCAGCGGGAAGCUUUUGAGUUGAUGAUUGAUGGGUUUGAAAAGUAUCAUUUCCAUAGCCAUGCCGAUGAUCUCUUAGAUGAAAAAGCAGCCACUAUAGCUAGUCUUUCAUAUCUGGGUAGGCAAGAGGUGGUUGAAGCAGUACAUGAUUACUGGUUGAAAAAAAGGAAGCAGCGAAAAGCACCACUCCUCAGAAUUUUCCAGGGUCAUCAAGUGAAGAAAACGCCGCUGCUUUCCAAACCUGUGUUUCGUAAAAGAAGAUCCUUCAAAAGACAGGGGAGUCAACUCCAUGGAAAAGCCAAACAGACAAGCCCUUGGAUCGUGACUGUAAAAGCGACUGAACCAGAGGAACAAAACGAUUAUCUCAGAAUGGAAGAAGCCAAAGUUUUUGCUGAUAGAACCAUGGAAACUGCCAUAGCCAAAAGAAGACGAGCACAAGUUCUUGCAGAAAACGCAGAUUUGGCUGUUUACAAAGCGAUGGUGGCUCUGAGGAUUGCAGAAGCCAUUAAAGAAGCUGAAUCGAGGGAGGUGGACACAACCACUCUUGCACUGAAAUGGUAACUAUAGAAAAUGUUACUGGAUUGAAUCGAAAGUUGGGAUCUUCUUGGCCAUUUUUCAAAGAGGAUUUGAAAGAGGUAUAGGCUCUGUAGCUUUGGGUUUUAUAUGUAUAGUUUCUACGCUGAUAUUGUAAAUU